UUUAUUUGUCACUCAUUGAGACUACCUUGACGAGAAGGCUUUAACGUCUGAGAAAUUGGCAGCGCUGUGUUUGAUGGAAACAUAAAACUUCGAUAAGGAUGAAGAAUUGGUGGAUUUUGUCAUUCCUGUGUAUCCUGGGCAAGAGGCUGAUGGUACUGAGCCUGAGUGGUUACCAGACAGGGAGGGUGAACCUCAAGGGCACUGGUAUGAUAAGAUGUACUCAAUCCGAAGUCUGCCAACAAUGUUGUACCGAGAGCGAGCUGAGGAGGAUGGGAUUGAGGAUAUGACACAACUGGAGGAGCUUCAUGAAGCAGCUGUUUUACUCAACCUGAGGAAAAGGUUUGAACGAGAACUGAUUUAUACAUAUAUUGGAAGUAUUUUGGUAGCUCUGAAUCCCUACAAGAUGUACAAUAUUUAUGGAACAGACAUGGUGCUGCAACACAAAGGGCAUGCCCUUGGUGAAAAUCCUCCGCAUUUAUUUGCUAUAGCAAAUGCUGCUUACACAAAAAUGAUGGAUGCCAAACAGAACCAGUGCAUUAUUAUCAGUGGGGAGAGUGGUGCUGGCAAAACUGAGGCCACAAAGCUGGUCCUGCGCUAUUUAGCUGCUAUACAUCACAAACGCAACAUAACACAGCAGAUUCUUGAAGCAGCUCCACUCUUAGAAUCUUUUGGAAAUGCCAAAACCGUCAGGAAUGAUAACUCAAGUCGCUUUGGGAAAUACAUAGAGAUAUUUCUGGAAGAGGGUGUGAUCAGCGGUGCCAUAACUUCACAGUAUCUACUUGAAAAGUCAAGGAUAGUGUUUCAGGCCAAAGAUGAAAGAAACUACCACAUUUUUUAUGAAAUGCUUGCCGGCCUUCCUUCACAGCAAAAACAGUCCUUGUACCUCCAGGAAGCAGAGACCUACUAUUACCUCAAUCAAGGUGGGGACUGUGAGAUCUUUGGUAAGAGUGAUGGGGAAGACUUCCGCAGGCUCCUUAGUGCCAUGGAGGUCUUGCACUUCAAUGUUGACGAUCAGAAUGGCAUUUUCAGGGUCCUGUCCUCCAUCCUCCACCUGGGAAAUGUCUUCUUUGAGAGAUAUGAGACAGACUCUCAGGAGAUGGCAUCAGUGGUGAGUGCUCAGGAAAUCAGAGUGGUGGCGGAGCUCCUGCAGAUUUCUCCUGAGGCUCUGCAGAAAUCAAUCACUUUCAAAGUGACGGAAACAAUGAGAGAGAAGAUCUACACUCCUUUAACAGUUGAGAGUGCAGUUGAUGCCAGAGAUGCAGUUGCCAAGAUCCUGUACUCCCUUCUUUUCAACUGGAUAACUGAUAGAAUCAAUAAGCUGGUGUACCCAAGGAAUGAAGCACUGUCUAUCUCCAUUCUUGACAUCUAUGGCUUUGAGGACCUCACCUUCAACAGCUUUGAACAGCUUUGCAUAAACUAUGCAAAUGAGUACCUACAGUUCUUUUUCAAUAGGAUAGUUUUCAGAGAAGAGCAAGAGGAAUACAGCAGAGAGCAAAUCCCCUGGGAGGAGGUGCCUUUCAGUGACAAUCAGGCCUGCAUUGACCUCAUUGCAGCAAAGCCUCAUGGAAUCCUUCGGAUUCUGGAUGACCAGAGUGGCUUUCCACAGGCUACAGACCACACCUUCCUUCAGAAAUGUCACUAUCAUCACGGCCACAACCUACUAUAUUCAAAGCCAAAAAUGCCUCUCCCUGAAUUUGCCAUUAAACAUUUUGCUGGGAAAGUCACUUAUCAGGUCCAUAAGUUCUUGGACAAAAAUUAUGAUCAAGUUCGUCAGGAGGUCCUUGACCUUUUCAUGCAGAGCAAAAAUAAGAUGGUUGCAUAUCUGUUCAUGAGCUAUUCAGAAGCUCUCAGUCAACAGAGGACCCACGUAAGGAAGAACAGCACGGUUACACGCAGAUACCAGGCCUCAACAGUUGCUGCCAAGUUCCAGCUGUCUCUAAUGGAACUUGUGGAGAAGAUGGAGAGAUGCAACUCAUUUUUUGUGCGCUGCAUAAAGCCAAACAAUAACAAGGAGCCUGGUGUGUUUGACAUGGAGCUGGUCAGCACUCAGCUUCGUUACUCUGGGAUUUUGGAGACCAUUCGUAUCAGGCGAGAGGGUUUUCCAAUCAGAAUACCCUUUGAUGUCUUCCUCUUUAGAUACAAGUCUUUGCUGGGCCUAAAGCAGCCUCCUCCUGCCACUGGGGAAAACUGUGUCAUCAUGCUGAGGAAGCUUUGCCCUGUGAGGCCAGGAGUUUUUCAAGUUGGUGUAUCCAAGCUGUUCAUGAAAGAAGACAUUUAUUACCUGCUAGAAAGUAAGAGAGACAGAGUUAGGCAUGUGGCUGCUCUGACCCUGCAGCGCUACACACGUAUGUUCUUUGUGCGGAAGCGCUAUACGGCCUUCCGCAUGAAAAUCAUCAGGCUGCAGGCCCACUGCCGAGGCUACCUCACCCGGAAACGCUAUGUGAAAAUGCGAAGUAGUCUGGUCAAAUUCCGCUCACUGGUGCACAUGUAUGUCAAUCGAAAGAGAUAUAUUAAGAUGAGACUGGAGGCCAGGAGGAAGGCAGAAGACGAGAGAAUCAGAAUAGAAAUGGAGUUAUCAAGACGGGAGGUAGUUAACGUCACUCACUUGGUCAUUCCAGCAGAACUCGGAGGAUUAUUGCAAGCAGCUGCAGGUGGUAGAGAGCUCCAUUCUGAUUGCUUAGCCCUAGUGCAGGCUCCUACUGUUCAGGUGGAAUCCCAACUCACACUACCCCUUGACAUCAACAACUACUCCAUAUCCAAAUUCAUCCAGGUUCACUUCAGAGAGCCAAAGUUUGGAAUGUUGACUGCACCUCUGAAGACACCACUGACUCAUGUUGAUGAUGAUCUCGCUCAUGAAGCUCUUGAUGUCUUCAUCAUGAUCCUCAGGUUUAUGGGUGACCCACAUUUAAAUGGGGCUCAGGAGAAUUUAUUCGGAAACUACAUCAUCCAGAAGGGUCUUUCCAACCCUGGCUUGAGAGGUGAAAUUUUGUGUCAAAUUGCCAAUCAGGUCUGGAGGAACAGCAACCCAGACAACGCUGACAGAGGCUGGCUGCUGCUGCUCGGCUGCCUGAGCACAUUUGCACCUUCAGCCAAGAUAGAGAAAUACCUUCUAAAGUUUGUCUCAGACUAUGCCUAUGAUGGCUAUAAGGCUCUUUGCCAACAUAAGCUGAUACAAGCCAUGCAGAAGUCCCUCUAUGGACCAGAGACUGCAAGGACAUACCCCCUGUCUUUACUGGAGUGGACAGCCAACAGGAAGAAAGCCAACAUGGUGUUGCAGGUGCAUUGCUUUGACGGGACUUCCUUUCUAUGUCCUAUGCACUCAUGGACCAGUGGAGAGGAUCUGGCUGGGGACAUCCUUCAGCACAGGGGAGUUACUGAGUCCUGGAAGGGCUGUUCGGUCAUUAUGAAGGAGCAUGGGCAGUGGGCGGAGCUUGCGGGGCAUGAUUAUGUAAUGGAUCUGAUUGCAGACCUGGAGCUAAUGCGAGAUUUUCCCAAGCAGAAGUCCUUCUUCAUUAUCUCAGCAGAAAGUCCCACCAGAACCAGACCCAAUGCUGGCCUGGCUCUGUUUGGAAGUGGUUUUGAUUCAGAUGACGAUAGCCCACUCCUCAUCCCUCCAACCCUUGCCAGCACCAGUCUUCCAGAUUCAGAUGGAUACUACAGCCACGAGUCGGAUUUCAGCGAGGCUCCAACACAGAGAGGCAUGGACCGAUAUCUGGACAGCCUGUUUGACCCGGUGUUGUCUGAUGGUAGUGGGGAUCUAGAGAAGCCAGCCAGCAUAUCCAGCCGCAUGAAGGGAGCCGGUGGAGUUGGAGGUGGGAAUGGUGAAGAGGAGAAGGAGCGGGCCAGCAGGCCCUAUCCUCCAGGACUGCAGCCCGGCGGAGUGGAUCACAACAUCCUAGCACAGCAGCAGCAAGCCAUCAUCAAUCAGCAAGCAAUUAUACUGGCUCAACAAAUGACAAUGCAGGCGAUGGCCCUUCAGCAGCAGAUGUAUAAUUCAGUGGGUGGGCCGUAUUCUGGUCCCCCUCAUCACAGCGAGCAUAUACCAAUGUCUCGCUCUGGCCAGUCCAGCCCAACGAAAUUUGAAACUGGACCUAUACCGUACACUCAGGCUCCUGUUGCCCCUGCACACAGGCCCUCUCGGCGUCAUCACAGCCCAACCAGGACAGAAAAUGUAGUCAAGUCCUCCAUCUCAAACUCAGAGCAUCUAGAACCAAGUCACAACAUCAAAGACAUAAUCAAACAGUAUCAGCCUGGUAUGGUCAAGCCAGUAGAGAUCCCAAGAAGAGAAGCUAAAGUGUUCGUUAAGAAGCCAGAUCCACAUGAUGAAGCUAUGUUGAUCCUUAAAGACCAGAUGAAUUCUCCACCUCCUCGGCAAAAGAAGACUUACGGUCCAGCUCCUACUGCUUCAGGUGUGAGGGAGUUUAAAGAUGAGGCUGGAGGACUACAGCCAGUAAAGAGCAUAAAGCCCAAAAGGUCACCUCCAGUGCCUGCUGUCAGUCAGAGAUCCCCACCCCCUGCACCUGUGUCUCGAGAACUUCCAGUUGAAGAGGAAACUAUUCAGACUCAGCUCCACAGGAGGAGCAGCGAGGAGCACUACACUUAUACUAACGUGCCCUGGAAAAUAUACCUGAGAAAAGAGGUUUUCUAUCCUAAGGACAGCUUUAACCAUCCACUAGUAUUAGAUCUCCUCUUCAAGCAGAUUGUCCAUGAUACAUUCUCUGAGGCUUGCAUUCGGAUAACGAAAGAGGAGAGGCAGAAAAUGAAAUCCCUCUUUGAUGAGAACAACAUUGAUGCGGCUGCUAUGACACAAGACGAGAAUGUGAAGAAAAAGGUUGUCACCGCUGCGAGGGACAGCUGGGAGAUCUACUUCUCUCGUCUUUUUCCUGCUUCUGGCAGUGUUGGCACUGGGGUCCAGGUGCUCUCUGUGUCCCACAGGGGGAUUAAACUGCUAAAGAUGGUGAGGAGCAGUGCAGUGGCCCCAGAUUACUUCCGAGUUUUAAGACCAUACAGCUACACAGAUAUCAUGUUUGUCACCAUUCCCUCCAAGAACAUGCUGGAGUUCAACCUCACCAAUGAAAAACUGAUUCUCUUCUCAGCCAAAGCUCCUCAAGUGAAGACCAUGAUUGACUACUUCAUCACCGAGCUGAAGAAGGACUCAGACUAUGUGGUUGCUGUGCGUAAUUACAUUACAGAUGAUAGAACGCUGCUGAGUUUCCACAAAGGAGACAUUAUACGCUUGCAGAAAAUGGAGGGCCUGGAGGAAGGCUGGAAGUUUGGGGCGGUUCAUGGUCGUGCAGGGGUUUUCCCUGUUGAGUUUGUCCAGCCAGUGGCUGCUCCAGACUUCAUCAACCUCCCUGUGGACAAGAAAGAGGAGCCCAAGAAUAAGCAGGGUCGCGUGGCAGCCUCUGCUGCUCUAGCUGUGGCCGUAGGCUCCACUGCUGCUGCCCACGAGCUGGACCGCUCCAUUGAAGUGGCCUCGCCAGUCAGUGAGUAUACAGAGGCCCAUCAAGACUACAGUAACAUGGAGAUUGAUGAAAGGAUUCUGCAUGACAGCCAAUACAACAUGUUGGAGUUUGCCAAAAAAUAUUUCAGAGAUGCUCAGAGAAAGACCAGUGAUUCUUAUAAGCAGAAAUCAAAGAAAGGAAAAGAAGCCAAGGACCCAGCAGAUAUGGUGAAAUUUUCUAAGUCUCCUAUCCAGCAGUCCUUGAUUGAGUUCACAGAUGAAAAUAUGAACAAGGUGGCUGCAGACAUUUUUCUGGCUAUAAUGAAGUUUAUGGGGGACUACCCAAUGAAAGGCCAAACUGAGCAAGACAUCGUCAGCACCAUACUGAGGCUGAGUGGCGAAUAUGGUUUAAUGAGGGAUGAAGCGUUCUGCCAGGUCCUCAAGCAGGUCACUGGAAACACCAGUUCCAAAACGGACAGUUGUCAAAGGGGAUGGAGGCUCCUUUACAUCCUCACUGCAUACUAUCGCUGCUCAGAAGUACUGAAGCCUUAUCUGCUGAAAUACCUCCAAGAUGUCUGUGCAAGCCCAGGAGUCCACUUUCAAGGUAUUGCCAACGCUUGUGAGCAGAAUUUAAGGAAGACAUUCCAGUACGGCGGGCGUAUUGAGUAUCCUAACAGCAUGGAACUAAAGGCUAUGUUGGCUGGUAGGAGCUCCAAACGUCAGCUGUUUCUCCUGCCUGGUGGGAUUGAGCGUCAUCUGAAAAUUAAGACCUGCUCAGUUGCUUUGGAUGCCAUUGAAGAGCUGUGCUAUGAGAUGGGCCUACACAACCAGGAGGCCAUGGAUGAAUAUGCCAUAUUUGUUGUCACAAACAGAGGUCAGAAUGUUCGGCCAUUGAACAAAAGAGAGUACAUCUUGGAUAUUGUCACCGAGGCAGAGCCUAUUGACAGCAACUACAGUCUGUGGUUUAGAAGAGUGAUCUGGAAUCAGCCACUAAAGUUUGACAAUGAGCUUGGAGUCACAGUCCAUUACAAUCAGGUUGCCCCUGACUACUUAAAAGGACUUCUCAAUGUUGUGCCACAGGGGAAGGCCAGUGAGCAGCAGCUUCAGCAGGUGUCAAAAUUGGCUGCCCUGCAACAUCGCGCCAAGGACUCCAUUUAUCUUCCUACCAUCCGUGAGGUCCAGGACUGCAUGCCUCUCCAGCUGUAUGGGCAGCAGCGCCCCCAGCAGUGGCUGAACAUGGUGACCGAGCACAUGCAACAGGUCCAGGCACUUAGCCCCCAUCAGGCCAGAGCCCAGUUCCUGGGACUUGUGAGCGCCUUCCCCAUGUUUGGCUCCUCGUUCUUCUACAUACAGAGCAGCAGCAACAGCUCCAUUGAUUGCCCCUGCAUACUGGCUGUCAAUCAAAAUGGACUGAACUUUCUAAACAAAGAAACACAUGAGCUGAUAGUGAAAUUCCCCCUGAAAGAGGUGCAGUCCACAAGGACCCAGAGGCCUACAGCUGGUUCCAGUUACCCUUAUGUUGAGAUAAUGCUGGGAGAUCUAAUGUCUCAACGCAUCACACAGCUGCACUUAGACCAGAGUCUGGAGCUGUGCCGUGUCGUUGCCAUGCACAUGGAGAACAUGCUGUCAGUGCGGGAGAAAAGACUCACUCUUCCUCCCAGCGAGAUCACUCUGCUUUAGCAUGCCUUCAAAAAUACUCACACAAUUCAGAACCUCGUCAAUAGUGAUAACACACUAAUUACAACAGCCAAAUUCCAAUCUUAGCAUAACAGUGGUUAAACUCACUUUAGGGCCAAAUCUGAUUUUUUGAUUUAAGAUGACAUAAGGCCUCAUUCACCAACUGUUGUUAAGAAAAAAAUUCUUCUUAAAAUCCAGUUACGUAGUUUUUAAUGAAGAUUCCGACAUUUACCAACGUUUUCUUGGGAUUUGUUCCUAGGUAAGAACAGAAUCUACACCCACUCAAGAGCACAAAGGAGCGAACAAUCCCAUGGUUUAAAACACAUCACGAAUAUGAUGUAGACUUUUUUCUUAGGCCCUUUCUCAAGAACAAAUUAAAGAAAAAACUUUGGAAGAUAUUGGUGAGUGAGGCCCAUUGUCACUACCUCACACGCUGAAGAUUUCAUUUCCAUAUGAUCAUACAGGCUGUGAUUUCACUCUGUGAAGUAUAACAGAAGGUAUAAAAAGGCUUUACUAUGAAUAUCUGUGAUUAUUUUCUUUAUUUUCAAGUAUGCCAUGUUUCUGCUGCUGUCUCUUAAAUCAUUUGCACUUGUUAAACUGUGGUGUCCAGAUGUACAUAAUGUAUUUGUGUCUUAUGUUCAAAAACUGUAUGUGUAUAUAAAAUAAUUCUAGUUGUUAAUAUUAAAUUUUUACAAACUAGUAAACUCUGAAAACUCUUUCUGUGUUAUAUCCCAUUCACUGAAAACA